AUCUUGGAUGCAUUCGCUUCGAUGGCUUCCAAAGACGUCACAGGCAGACUGCGACAAAGCACCUGGAACGGGAGCAUCCCCCUCGAGAUACGACUGCACAAAGGCGACUGCAGGACGUACGAUGAGUCGGAUCCUUACAUAAUACAAUUCCCACGGAUCUCGUACCUUGGCCUGUUGAUCCAUAAGCUGCAUACCUUCUUCUCGCGCAGCCUCAUCUACCCGGAUGUCAGCCCGAAAGACGCGUGGCUCUCUUACGAAGAUGUUCCGUUGAAGUGGCACUAUCCUCUAGGCCUCCUGUAUGACCUCUACUCUGGAGCUGAGCCUGCAUAUCCCCCAGACGCAGACGUAGACGCCGCACCAGCACACCAGCUUGAAGGCGGCGAAGAGGAACGCGGCCGGCUUCCAUGGCGUCUCACGGUUCACUUUUCAGACUAUCCGACCGAGCAGCUGGUGCAACUCGACAACGACGGCAAGCACCUCAACGACUUGUUCAUUCAAAGCGUCAAGGAGGCCGACUAUCUGAGGACGGGCACGGGGAAGACGGUCAUGUUUCUGAGUAAGGAGGACAGCACGCAGCUGUGGGAAGGAGUUAAGAAACACGAGUUUGCGCUAUAUAACCCCAUCAACCAAAAACUACUCAACCCGCAGGGAGUCAGUCUGAGACAUUUACCGGUCAGACUGUAUUUGCCGCAUGCAGCGACGGAGGGUGUGCAGGAAGAGAGGGCGCCCGGGAGCUUGAGGAUUGUGCAAAGACUGAUCACACCGAGUCUGUCGUCUAGUAGGUGCACGUGGUUGCGUGAGGCUAACAGGGGAACAGGGCAACCACAGACCAUCGGCACAGCGCUGAAUCACGUGCUACCUGGGUUAUUUCCGAGCAGGCGAAGUCCACUGCUGGCACAAGCAGUCCUCCACGGGGCAGCACUACCGUUGGGGGCGAAUGUGGAGGAUUUGGUACGUGCCGCAGCGUACCUGGACGGGUGGUUGCACAUUGCAGUUGUUAUGAUGGCAUGAUAGAUAAUUGCUUUGUGCCUGGCGUGGGGUUGGAUACGGCCCGAGUCAUGGCGGAUGUGCGCUAUGGCGGUAUUGUUGAUAUCAGCAAUAUUGGUUUUGCAGGCGUCAGGCGUGGGCCCACACGAGUCGCAGUCAAGACGCCAAUGUUUGCCAAGAUGCGGGGGCAAGCAUACUUAGCAGAAGCUUAGUGAGGAUUGCAGGAACACACCAGUCCAGCCAACAUGACACCCACCCAACUGCGUCUGUUUCUGAGCAGCAGUCGGCGCUGCCGGCAUCGGGCACCGGACACCGGGCAUGUCCAGCGCCAGGCGAGGCGAGGCGAGGCGAGGCGUGUGGGAAAUGAGGGAUUAUCGGGGUGGUUGUAUUGUUCUG